AUGUCAUUUUUCAAUCGAUUGUUUAAGUUUCGAAUUUUCAAAUUUCGUACAACUCUUACUGAAGAACUCGAUGAUCUUCAUAGUGAAUUAAGUAAUCUACAACAAAGUUUAACUCAAACACGUUCACUACAACGACAAUGGACAAAAUGGUUUGCCAUCUAUGCCAUUCUCAUCUAUUCAGUGAUAAAUAUUUCUUAUUAUACACUCUUUCUUUCACAAGAUUUUCUCACUCGAGUUUAUUCAUAUACAAUUUCUAUCGCAGUUGCAGUUUUAUUAUAUGGUAUUCAUUGGAUUAUAUGCUGGUACUUUCGAAUGACUCUCCAAACAAAAGAAGAAAAAUUAGGAUUAUUCAGAGAACGAAAACAAGAAUUGAUCGAAGAAGUUAAAAAUAAAGAAACAUAUGCUGUAGCAAAAAAUCUUUUAGAAAAAUAUGGCGAAAAAUUAACACCAGAAAUUCGAUCACCAACACUCAAUGGUAAUAAUACAGAUCUACGUCAACGCACAUCAAUCAGACCACAAACACCUGGUCUAGAAAAAUCCACUGUUCCAGGUAUAAAUAUUACCUUUCUCAAGAAAAUAAUAUUUUAUUUGUUUGCAGUCAUUUCAUUAAAUCCUAACGUAUAUGAAAAUAAUAAUCUUCAAUCACGAACACCUGUACGUGGUGGACCAACUCGUUUAGCUGCUGGUGUAACACCUGGUAAAUUACCACGUGCAAUUUUACCACCUCAACGUACAUUUUGGGGUGCAAUUCUUGAUACAGUUGUCGGUGAUGGUCCAUCAAAACGUUAUGCAUUGAUAUGUAAAUCAUGUAACAGUCAUAAUGGUAUGGCAUUAGAAGAAGAAUUUGAAUAUUUAUCAUUUCGUUGUGCAUAUUGUAAUUAUUUUAAUGGUGCUCGUAAGCAUAAACCAGUUUUUAAUGGUAAUUUAAUAAGUCCUAGUCAACCACAAAAUACAACUCAUGUUGAAUCUAUGGAUAUUUCUAUGACAGAUUCAUCAGAUACGAGUGAUUCAGUAACUAAAUCACGAUUAACACGUAGAUCGAUUCGUAUUCCAACAACAAAUAAUAGUCAUAAUAACAAGAAAGAUAAUCGUUCUCGUUCAAUAUCAAAUGAAAAUAAACGUCAAGAUUCUCCAGUUAUCUCAUCAUCAGAAGAAAUGUCGUCUGAUGCUACCGGUGAUAAUGUAGAUGAACAAGGUUCAACACAAGAAAAGAUUAGUAAAAAAAAAAACAUUAUGUUAGCUCGUUUAACAAGAAAUAUACUCAGUGCAGGACGUUUUCAAAAUGCACUUUAUCUGCCGUCUCAAUGUGAACUUAAACGACAAAUGAAAGCUCAAAAGAAGGCUGACGAUAAGGCAACAAAAGCACCUGCUGCACAACAGCAAUCAUCAGCUAAAAAGGAAGCAGCUGCUGCCGGUGGUGAGAAUGAGGAAGCAGAUAUUGAUCCGAAUGAAUAUUAUAAAAUGCGAUUACAUCAUGUGCAUCAACUUAAAAAUGCCGGUGAAACUGUUUAUCCACAUAAAUUUCAUGUUUCAAUAUCAUUACGAGAUUAUAUUGAUAAAUAUACUCAUUUACAAAAUGAAGAAGUCAGUGAAGAUAUUGUAUCAGUUGCUGGACGUGUUUAUUCCAAACGUGCAUCAGGAACAAAACUUUAUUUCUAUGAUGUUUAUAGUGAUUCAGUUAAAAUUCAAGUUAUGGCUAAUCUCAAAUUCUAUCAUAACGAACAAGAAUUUGCAACUGUAAAUGAACGUAUACGUCGAGGUGAUAUUAUUGGUGCUAAAGGCAAACCAACACGAACAAAGAAAGGUGAACUAAGUCUUAUACCAACUGAAUUAAUUAUUCUCACACCAUCACUUCAUCAAUUACCUAGUUUACAUUAUGGUCUUAAAGAUAAGGAAACACGUUUUCGUCAACGAUAUCUUGAUUUAAUGAUUAAUGAUUCUGUUCGACAAAAAUUUGUUAUUAAAGCAAAAAUUAUUAAUUAUGUUCGACAAUUUCUCAAUACACUUGGUUUUCUUGAAGUUGAAACACCAAUGAUGAAUAUGAUUGCUGGUGGUGCUGCUGCUAAACCAUUUAUAACUCAUCAUAAUGAUCUUGAUAUGAAAUUAUUUAUGCGUGUUGCACCAGAACUUUAUCUUAAAAUGUUAGUUGUCGGUGGUUUAGAUCGUGUUUAUGAAAUUGGCCGUGUCUUCCGUAAUGAAGGUAUUGAUAUGACACAUAAUCCAGAAUUUACAAUUUGUGAAUUCUAUAUGGCCUAUGCUGAUUAUAAUGAUUUAAUGGAUUUAACUGAAAAAUUAAUAUCCGGUCUUGUUAAACAUUUAUAUGGAACCUAUAAAAUAUCAUAUCAUAUGAAUGGACCUGAUGAAGCACCAGUUGAAAUCGAUUUUACACCACCAUUUAAACGUUUAAGUUUAAUUGAAGAUCUUGAAAAAGCUACGGGUGAAAAAUUUCCACCAGCUACAGAACUUACAACACCAGCAGCAAAUAAAUUCUUAGAUAAUCUUUGUAAGAAACAUGAAAUUGAAUGUACUAAUCCACGAACAACAGCUCGACUUAUUGAUAAAUUAGCUGGUCAUUUUCUUGAAACUCAAUGUCUUAAUCCAACAUUUCUUUGCAAUCAUCCACAAUUAAUGAGUCCAUUAGCUAAAUAUCAUCGUUCAAUACCAGGUCUUACUGAACGAUUUGAAUUAUUUAUUUGUUACAAAGAAACAUGUAAUGCUUAUACAGAAUUAAAUGAUCCAAUUGUACAACGAGAAAUGUUUGAAUUACAAGCUAAAGAUAAAGAUGCAGGAGAUGAUGAAGCUCAAUUAAUUGAUGAAAACUUCUGUACAGCACUUGAAUAUGGUCUUCCACCAACAGGUGGUUGGGGUUUAGGUGUUGAUCGUCUUACCAUGAUGCUUACUGAUAGUAAUAAUAUCAAGGAAGUUUUAUUAUUUCCAGCAUGUAAGCCAUAUAAAGAAGGUGAAGAUAAUCAGAAAGCUGAAGGUGUAACAACAACAGUGACAACAGCUGGCAGUGCUACGAAUUGA